AUGACAUCAAUAAACCAUACCAAACAAAAAGCAAAUAAAAGUAGUAAAUUUUCGCCAUCAAGAGGAUGGUACCCAUAUUCACAUUUAGCUGAUUAUCCAACAGUAACACCAAUAGAUUUAGAUCCAGGAAAAAAAGUAGAAUUACAAAUUAUAUAUCAACAACAACAACAGCUAAAACAGAUACAACAACAACAAUUAAAACACCAACAACAAAUGCAACAACAACAACAACAAUUAAAAAACCAACAACAACAACAACAACAACAACAAACAAAAAAACAAACAUCAAAUAAUAAUAAUAAUAAUAAUAAUAGAAUAUAUAAACAGCAACAAAAUAAUAGUAAUAAUAAAAAACAAAAACAACAAUUAUUACAAAAACAACAACAACACCAACAACAGCAACAAAAUCAAUUUGGAAAUUUAUCAAGUUUAAUUGAAGACAUAGAUGGCGAUGAUGAUGAUUAUGAUAAUAAUAAUAAUAAUAAUAAUAAUAAUAAUAAUAAUAAUAAUAAUAAUAAUAAUAAUAAUAAUAAUAAUAAUACAGAUAAUGAUAGUAAAAUGAAAGGUUUACAAUACAAUACAUCAAAUUCUAAUUCAAGUUAUGAACCUUUUAGAGAUAUUGAAGUUCAAAAAAAUAAAAAUCAAUUCUUUGAUGCAUCAACUGAAGAUCCAGAAUUAAGUAAUGAUGAUGAUGAAAACAAAAAACAAUCUGACGGUGGUUGUGGUGAAGGUGAGGGUAAAGUUGUCAAUCUAAAUGAUCAUUUACCAUUCCUUCAAUCAUUAUUCCCAGAUAUUGAGGAAGCAACAUUAUUAAUUUUACUAGAGGAAGCAGAUGGUGAUGUUGGUUCAAUCGUUGAUUCAUUUUUAUUGGCUUCAAAUAUUAUUGAAGAAGAGAAUGAAGAUGAUGAAAAAAAUAAACAAUAUAAACAAUUUGAAUUUUAUACAAAUAGAAUCGACACAGAUACAUCACAAUCACCAAUCAUUAUUGAUUCACCAACAAUAACUUCUUCAAACAAUAAUAAAUCAACAACAACUACAAAUACAACAACCACUACUACUUCUACACCACCACCACCUAAUAAUUAUAAUAUAACUGUACCAUCAUCUACACAACAACAACAACAACAACAACAACAACAACAACAACAACAACAACAACAACAACAACAACAACAACAACAACAACAACAACAACAACAACAACAACAACCACAAACAUUUUUAAGUGAUGAAGUUGAUGAUGAAGAUUUUGAAAAAAUUUUAUUAGAACUAAAGAAAAGAGAAGAACGAGAGGAGGAAGCGGAAAGAUUAGAAUUUUUAAGAAUACAAGAAGAAGGAGAAAGGGAAAGGGGAAGGGAAAGGGAAAAAGAAAAACAAAGAGAAAUAGAGAGAGAAAAGGAGAAAGAAAGAGAAAGAGAAAGAGAAAAAGAGAGAGAAAGAGAAAAAGAAAAACAAAAAUCAGAGAAAGAUAAAAAAAGAAACUCAAAAGGUCAUUCACAAAAUCGGUUACUAAUGGAUUUCAAUGAAAUAAUUGCACAUUUAUCAGACUUAUUCCCAAAAUAUUCAAAAAGAGAUCUUACAGGAUAUUUAGAUAAACAUUCAUAUGAUGUUAAUGCAACUAUUGAUACAUUACUAUCUUUACAAACUAUUGAUGAAUUUAGUGGUGAUGAUAAUAAUAAUGAUAAUGAUAAUGAUAGUAAAGUUACAACUACAACCACAACAACAACAACUUCUACCAAUACAAAUAAGAAUAAUAAUGAAUCACAAAAACCAACAACACCUACAAAGAAAAUGGUUAAUAAUAAUAAUAAUAAUAGUAAUAAUAAUAAUAGUAAUAGUGGUGGUAAUAAUUCACCAUCAUUUAAAUCAAUUAUUGAUGAACAAGAUUUUAUAUCAAAAAUCGAACCAAAAAAUGUUGCAACUUAUGUUGGUAAACGUGGUUCAUAUAAGAAAUCACCAUCUCCAAAUACAACAUCACCAUCAUCAUUGUUAUCAUCACCAUCAUUAAAAUCAACAGAUAAAGAAAUGUCAGAAAGAGAAAUUUCAGAAUCAAUUAUACCAUUACCAUUGGAUUAUAAUAAAAAGAUGGCACAAUUAAAGAUUCAAUUCCCAUUGAUUGAAGAAGAAUUAUUAGAGUCAUUAUUCCUUCAAACUGGAUAUCAUUUUAAGGAUACAAUGAGUUAUAUUUAUGAAGUAUUUCCAGAGAGUAAACAUAAUGCUAAAUCAGUUUCAAACUUUGCAAAUAAAGUACGUGAAUCCUCAAAUCAAUAUUAUUUAAAGAAUAAUAUCUAUAAUCCACAAGCUGAAAGAGAUAAACUCUCUCAAUUACAAGCACAACAAGAAAUUCAACAACAAGAACAAUUAUUUGAAAAUAUUAGAUUUUCAAAAGGUAAAUUAAAUAUAUUACCACCAAAAAAGAUAAAUACAAUUUUUACAGGUUUAAAUACAAUAGAAGAUACUGAAUUUAAAAAAGUUGAACCAAAAGAAAAAAGAGAAAAACAAAAUAAUAAUAAUAAUUAUGGUGGAUUUAGUAGUAAUGGUGCAUUAAUUGGUAGUGGUGGUGGUAGUAGUUUUAGUAGUAGUAGUAGUAGUAGAAAUAAUCAUAAAAAGAAUCAAAAAUCAUAUACUGACCAUAGAAUGGAAGCAGAGAGAUAUAUAAAGAUGAGAAAUGCAUGUUUUAAAUCAGCAGCAGAAGCAUAUAUGAAAAAUAAACCAGCAGAUGCUAGAAGUUUAUCAGAACAAGGUAAAAGAUAUGAUGAAUUGGCAAAAGAAGCAAAUUUAUGUGCAUCAAAUCAAAUCUUUAUGGAAUGUAAUAGUAGAAUUGGUGAUACUCUUAGAAUUGAUUUACAUGGUCUUCAUGUCAAUGAAGCAUUAGAUAUGGUACAACAAGCAUUAGAUAUUCAUUCACAAGGUGAAUAUGAUGGUAAAAAACCAAAAUAUAUAAACUUUAUCACUGGUCAAGGAAAUCAUUCUCAAGGUGGUAUUGCAAGAAUUAAACCUGCUCUUUUAUCUUUUUUAAAAGAAUGUAAUAUUAAAUAUAGUGAUAAAGGUGGUAUGAUUGAAGUUCAAAAUUAUUAA